AUGGGAGAGAUUUGGAACUUCGAAACAAGGCCGGAAAAGCCACUUCCAUACUCGGAUGAAUUCUCGUCUGUGGACGAGUAUGUUGAAGGCCUGCUGAAUUUCGCUGCCAACUCGGACCUGUUCCGCUUUCUUUGCGGCGGCGUUCACAUCCUCGACUUUUUCACCACGGACCCCGGCCUGUUUGUCGAUGCUGUCCCAAAGGAAUGGCAGGAUUAUUUGCUCCAGACGGAGCCGAUGGCGUUCCUGGACUUCUUGAUGAGAGACGACCUUGACAAGAUUUCGCAAAAGUCUGGCCCCGUCUCCCCUCCUGAGUCUCUGGUCCAAUAUGUCAAAGAUAUCCGACGGUUUUCUCUACGGCGAAAUUUUCGCCCUCGUCAGGCGAAGCUCCCUGUCCUCCCCAGGCAUGUGGCACUGGGCAUGAAAACGAAGAAGAUCCAUGAGGUUACACAUUUCGCAGGCUAUAUCGACCGACUGGCUGAGGAUAUCGCCCGAGCCAAGGGUGAGGAUUUCACUCACUUUGUAGAUUUUGGCAGUGGCCAAAACUAUCUGGGCCGGACACUGGCCAGCCCGCCAUACAAUAAGCAUAUUGUUGCUGUUGAGAGCAAAGAAGCCAACAUGGCAGGUGCCAAAGACCUCGACAUCCUGUCUGGCUUUGCUGAAAGAGAGAAACGGGUACGGAACAAGAAGCUCUAUCAUCGACUGUUGGAGAUGGUUGACCCGUCACUUCACAAAGACGAAGAAGCUCUGAAGCGCGCCGCCAAGGAGCUUGGAAUGAGCGAUGAGGACAUCGCAACCCUUGAUCUCAGGUCCAGAAAGGAGUUGCAAGUCACCUAUACAGUCGAGGAGGGCAAAGGCACUAUUGAAUACGUCGUCGGCCACCUCGAACAUGCUGACUUGGCCGGAGUGCUUGCACAACUACGCGGACAGGAAGACGGGGUUUGCCAAGAUAAGCUGCGUAUGAUGGCGAUUUCGAUACAUUCAUGCGGAAACCUUUCACACUAUGGAAUCCGUUCUAUGAUCAUGAACCCGUGUAUCAAAGCGGUCGCUAUCGUGGGCUGCUGCUACAACUUGCUCACCGAAAAGCUAGGCCCUCCCACGUACAAACCUCCUUUUAGUCGUCCAAGCUUGCAGCCCAUCAACCCUCGCGUUGCCAGGGAAUCAGAAAGGCGAGAUCCCCAGGGCUUCCCGAUGAGCGAGAAGGUCUCCACGUACGGCGGCGAUGGUAUUCGGUUCAAUAUCACGGCUCGAAUGAUGGCAUGUCAAGCACCUCAGAACUGGACUGACCAGGAGAGCGACGCGUUCUUCACCCGUCAUUUCUACCGCGCUGUCCUGCAAAAGAUCUUCUUGGACAAGGGGGUCAUUUCACGCGUCUACCACGGCGAGACAGCCAGCGCGGCAACACCGUUUAAUUCGAGCACAAAUCCUGUCAUUAUUGGGUCUCUUCGCAAGCAGUGCUACACAUCGUUUAACGCCUAUGUGCGGGGAGCGAUCACCAAAUUGACCACGCACCCCGACUUCAGCCAAUACCACCAAGUCAUCCAGGAGAAGAUGGGUGACAUCACUGAUGAGGAGAUUGCGUCGUACGAAGAAACUUUCCGAUACCGGAAGCGGGAGCUCAGUGCCGUCUGGAGCUUGAUGGCUUUCAGCGCUUGCGUCGUUGAAUCCGUGAUCGUGACUGAUCGGUGGCUGUUCCUCCGCGAGCACUCCGAUAUCGUUUGCGACUGCUGGGUAGAGACGGUUUUUGACUACAAGCAAAGCCCCAGGAAUUUGGUUGUUGUCGGCAUCAAAAGAUAA